AUGUCGACCACAUCCAUUCUCACUUUUUCAAUCAGUAACAAGGGCAAACCAAUCUUGAUUUGUGAUGGAUAUAUCUAUCAAUUAAAUCGAACUCGACCAAAAGUAAAAUACUGGGGUUGCAAGAAUCGAAUGUGUUCGGCUUACAUGCACACCGACCAUCACAAUCAAUUUAUUGGAAAAUCAGGAAAUCAUGAUUCUCAUUUGCCGGUACCUGAAAGUAUUGAAGUUGUCACCUUCAAGGAAAAAGUUAAAAAUCGAGUCGUGAACGAAAUGACUGCUAUUGGAAAAAUUUACGACAAUGAACUAGCUGCUGGUAAUCUCAGCGAAGCUGCUCUUGGUUUGGCUCCUUUAGGUAAUGAAGCAAAAUCAGCUCUUAAUCGUCUUCGACGAAAAACGACACCACCAUUACCGAAAUCUGCUUUUUUCGAUGUUCCCGAUGCGUAUUCAUCGACAAUUGAUGGUGUUUCAUUUCUCUUUAGCGAUACACUUAUUCGCAAAAAGAGGAUGAUCUUGUUCGCCAGUGAUGAACAACUACGUAUGUUAUUUGCAGCAACACAUAUCAUGGUUGAUGGAACGUUUUCGGCAUGUGUGCCUCUUUUUGAUCAAGUGUUUUCUAUUCACUGUAUCAAGUAUGGCUACAAUUUUCCAUGUGUUAUUGGUUUAUUACCCGGUCGAAGUGCUCCAGUAUACAAAUAUGUAUUUAAUCUUCUGGACGAAGCUGCUCGUCGACUUAAUCUCACGUUUCAACCUAAAAACAUCAUGAGCGAUUACGAAAAGGCUCUUAUCAAGGUGAUUGCAUCACAUUUUCCAGCCGCGCAACAUUCUGGAUGUUACUUUCACUAUUCAGUGUUUAUACCGUCGAAUUCAGUCACUCGGCUUGGGGACAUUAUACAACAGUAA